GUGUUUUUGUGUGUGUGUGUGUGUGUGUGUAUAAUUGGCUAUUUUGUUCCAAACAACAACACAUUCCCAUUCUAUUGUUCCACCGUUAUUAUCCAUUGAAUCCAGCUCCAGAAUCCAUUCAAAAUUGAUUCAUCCACAAACAGCACCUAUUUCCUAUUGCUUUUUUUUAAUGUUUUCAUUUUCUCACAAUCGUUUCAUUCGUGGCUAGAGAUAGUUCUCAUCUAGAUUAUUAUCGUCUUUAUCAACAACAACAACAACAACAACAUCAUCAUCAUCACUAAACCCUCUCUCUCUCUCUCUCUCUCUCUAUCGAACAGAAAUGGCGAAAUUCAAUAUCAAGGAGAUGCACAUUUUUGGCAUGGGUAAUCCAUUGCUUGACAUUACGGCGACAGUUGAUAAUGCUUUUCUUGAAAAAUAUGGAUUACCGAAAAAUUCGGCCAUAUUAGCCGAAGCUAAACAUGAACCGAUGUAUGAAGAGGUAAUUAAUAAAUAUGAGAUUGAAUAUUCAGCAGGUGGUGCAACACAGAAUACGAUGCGGUAUUGUCAAUGGGUUGUUGGUAAAAAUCUACAAUUAACAACAUUUAUCGGUGCCGUUGGUAAUGAUUAUUUUGGUAAAAUAAUGGAACAAAAAGCCAAAGAUGAUGGUGUUAAUGUACAUUAUCAAAAAGUUGAUGAUGCCCUUACCGGUACCUGUGCCGUAUUGCUUAAUAAUAAUGGCAAAUAUCGUUCACUUUGUGCUUAUCUUGGUGCUUGUAAAAAAUUCGAUAAACAUUUUCUUCUAUCCAAUUCGGUAUUUGUGGAAAAGGCUAAACUUUAUUACAUUAGUGGUCAUAUGUUGCCAGUAUCACAUGAAAGUUGUAUGCAUAUUGCACAACAUUCAAUGGAUUGGGGUAAAGAUUUUUUCUUCAAUCUAGCUGCUCCAUAUGUAACACAAAAAUGUCAAAAAGAAUUGGAAAAAUUAAUGACAUAUGUUGAUUUUUUCUUUGCCAAUCUGGAUGAAGCCCUUGCAUUUGCCACAAUGAAAGGAUACACUACAAAAGAUCCGAAAGAAAUCGCCAAACUUAUUGCUAAAGAACCGAAACAAAAAUACAAUAAUCCACGCAUACCAAGCCAAUAUAAAGCUGGCCGUGUUGUUGUCAUUACACAAUCGGAAAAUCCGGUCAUCAUGUUUAAAUCCGAUUGGUCCGAUGUAAAAGAAUUCCCCGUACCACAAUUAUCAGAAAAGGAAUUAAAAGAUACAAAUGGUGCUGGUGAUGCAUUUACCGGUGGUUUUUUGGCCAUGUAUAUUUGGGGUAAACCAUUGGAACAAUGUAUUAAUUGCGCUAUUUAUUGUGCAACUGAAUGUGUUAAACAACAAGGCUGUACAUUGCCUAAAACCAUGUCUUAUAAAUUCUGAACAAACUAAAUCAACAAGAUAUAUAUAAGAUUAAGAUUAUGAUUGACCGUAACCAAAAAAACAAAACAAAAAAAAUGGUAUCUAAUAUCUAAAUCGUAACUAAAUUCGAAUAUAUCCAUGACCCCACCCAAAUGUUUAUCAAGACCAAUACAAAAAAAAUAAAUGAAUGAUUCCCAUUACCCAUUGAUAAAAAUGGAAAUAACCAGUUUCCUCAAAAGAUAUAAAAACAAUCAAUUUUAUCAGUCCAUCAGAUGAACGCACCACUUAUUACACAGACACCAAAUGAAUCGUACAUUUGAUUGAUAAUCUUAAACGUUAAUCAAAAAAGACGAAAAAGAGUUCAAUGGACAAUGAUUUCUAUAUUUAAUUACACGUUGUUGUGAAUGAAUAAAAAAAAGUCGAAAAAACAUA